CACGCCGCCAGCAGGCUGAUCUCUGGCUGCUGCUCCGCACCAAGUCCUGGAAAAUAUCCUGCGGAGCCACGUAAACACCGUUUGUUUCAUUACAUAACCAGCGAGAGACAAAAACUGCAGUAGAGUACCAGUGUUGACCAAGAGAUGUCCUGCACGCUGAAUAUGAGCGCCUCAGCCCCCCACAGGACCUUGUAACCAAUGGCAACCUCAGUCCAGACUCUUCCUCUGACCCGUGGGCCCAACAAAAACUUCCGUAACCCUUUCCCAGCCCCGCCCCUCUCCUCCCGUUGCGGCAUGGGAAGCGUAGGCAGUCUGGUGGAGAGGCCAGAUGUGUCUCCGACUAAAGGCAGCCGUGCUGUCCCCCAGGUCAGACCCAAACAGACCAACGGCCUCCUGAAGAAAGGCUUCACCCAGAGAGAGCUACUCAACUACCUCAACAUCACCAGAAAAGAGCCUAAAGCAAACCCAGGCAGUGACGGCAAGAAGGACAUUAUCUCUGGCCUCAGCUCUGUCUGUGGCCGUGAGGAGGACAAAAUAUACGCCAAGGUCUACCAUAAAGACGGCACCGAGGUAGAUUUGACAAAGAAUUCGCUGCCAAGUGGGGGCAAGUAUGAAAAGGCUCGUUUUAGAUCCUCAGCCUUCAAGCCUGUCACCCCUAAAAACUUCAGCUCCAUGCAGAACCUCUAUCCGUCUUCCAAGUCAGAGGAUGUGGACCAUGGUCUUUCCAAUGGGCUGCACAGAGCUUAUGCCCAUGUCCCUAAAGCUGUCUCCACCUCCUCUUCCUCUUCCUCGCCCUCCCGUCACGGAGGACCGACGUCUGGUGGUAACAAGGCCCUCUCCUCGGUGCGUGGGAUGAGCCAGGAGGAUGAUAACCUGUCAGACUCGGGCCAUAACUCCAUGAGCAGCCUGCCGCCGUACCGGCCUCCCUUUCGCCCACACCUGGCUCACAUCAGUGCAUCUAUGGGCCACAUCAACACCAUUGGCUCCCUGGACCGUACGUCUCUGGGCCCGAAGGCUAUGGGGUCCGAGGGCGUGGCUAUAGGGGAGAUGGCUUGUCGGAGCAUGGCAACCCUGAGCCGUCUGACUCCAUAUGGAGGGGACGCUCCACCUCCUUAUGAAUGGACACUCUCCCUGUCUGUGGAGGAAGUGGUGCGGGACCUGGAGGAGCGCCUGGUGGAGAAAGAACACGAGCUGAAACAGAUGAAAAGAAACCUGGAUGAGAGCGAGGGCGCCAUCGCUCAGGUGUUUGAAGGGAAACAGCGUCUGUGGGAGAAGGAGGUGGAGGAGCUAAAACGCCUGUAUGCCGCCAAGCUGCGUCAGGUUUCCCAGCAUGCCCAGCGUUCCCAGCGCAGCCUGCAGUUGCAGCUGUUCAAGGCCCAGCAGGAGAAGAGCCGACUGCAAGAAGAGCUCGACAGCCUGAAGAAGGAAAGGAGCCAGGAGGCUGGAGCCAUAGUAAAGCGAACCAGCCCAACCCUGGAGGAGACGCAGUGGGAGGUUUGCCAAAAGUCAGGGGAGAUUUCUUUGCUGAAGCAGCAGCUGAGGGACUCCCAGGCAGAGGUGACCCAGAAGCUGAGUGAGAUCUUCCAGCUGAAGACGCAGCUCCGGGAGACCCGCACGGAGCUGCGCAGAAGGGAGGGCCAGUUAGACGCACUAAAGCUCGUCCUGCAGGGGACACAGCGUCGCAGAUGUCCCUCUCAGAAUGCACAUGAUGAUGGGAAAGGAGCUGAAGAGAGUACUUCAGCUGGGGCCACAGGCGGGUGCGGGGGCCCUACGGAAGAACGUCUGCGCGCAGAGCUCCUGCUAGAGCGACGCCAGAGCGAGGCCCAGGCCAUGGCUUUCGAGGAAGAGAGGCACACAUGGCAGACAGAAAAGGACAAGGUCAUCCGCUACCAGAAGGAGCUGCAGGCCAGCUACUUAGAGAUGUACCACCGCAAUGAAGUGUUGGAGAGGGAACUGCACCAGCUGAGGGCGGGCAGAGAGCGAGGAGCAGGAGGAGGCGGAGGAGGGAGCAGAAAUGGGACAUUGGAAAGAGAAGUGCCAGAGCUGAGGAGUGAGAGAGCAGGAGAAAAUCAAGAGGAGAGAGCGUCCUCCGGUUUGCCGUGGAUAGAGAGGAUUGAAUCAUCUGAAAUUUGAAUGUGACAGACUUGUUUGCAAUGCAAACUGUUUUCUCCCUGACGUAUGGCAGCUAUGGAAGACCAUGUCUGCCAGGAAAAGGAAAGAAAUAAAUUUACUAAGUCAAAAUUAUGAGAAAAGUUAUGACAAAGAGAAAAUUUUAAAAUAAUAAAAAAAAUAAUUUAACUCACUGUCAAAUUAAUAAUAAAUAAUAAUUAAUUAAUCAGUCUAAAUUUUGACCUACUUUCAAAAUUAUGAGAUAAUAAGUAAAAAUAAUAAAAUUAUAGAUCAAAAUUGUGACAUACUAAGUUUAAACUCUGAGACAAGUCAAAGUUUUGAGAUAGUACGUCAGAGUUAUGUUAUAGUGGGUCAACAUUUGGCUUAAUCAUAAGCCAAAUCUCAUAAUUAUGACCCAGGAAGUCAAACAUUUUGAAUUACUGUCUCAAAACUUUGACUAAUUAUCUCAUAACUAUGAUGCAGUAAGUCAACUUUUUUUUUUCCUUUAAUGAGUAUUUUUGUUUUUAUCAUCCCUAAUUAUUCCUACAUUUUUCUUCUUUUCUCUGUGGAAAUGGUCCUCCAUAGUUCCUGCCAGCCUCUGCCGCCUCUGCACCCUUGUUGAUUGCUUAAUGCCCUUAUCCUGCAAAGGCUGGACCCAUAAGCUCGGACAGAAACGCAGUAAUUGCUGAGGAUAGCUGCACAGAAAUGCUGCGUCUGUGCUUCGUCUAUCCUUGGCAGAAGAGUCGUGUCAAUUUUGUAGAAAAUACAGCCAAACUGCAGCCAAGCACCCAGACUGUCCUGCUUAAGACUUCUGUCCAGCUAUAAACCUGUAAAUGAACAAACUGAUAUGCUGAUCUGUGGCUGUUUUGUGUUCAUUUGAUAGUUAAUUUUUGGUUUGGACUGCUGUAUAGUCUUGACAGUAAACAAAGGGAUUCAAAGGGAUUUAGCGGUGGCCCCGUAACAUCUCAGCACCUGUGUGUGCAGACAGACUGUUCUGUGGAUCCAGGGUUCACCUGGGCUUUAGGAGGAAAGCUGCAUCUCUGAGUUAAGUAUCGAGGAUUAAAACUAUCUGGUGCCAAGGUACUAAUGCUAAUUCUUUGCCAUCAAGAAAACUAUUUACCCUGCUGAAGGACCAGGAAAUGUUGGACUUGUUUUUCCUCCUUCGGUUUCCUGUCAGGUGAUAACCGAUAUAUUUUGUACAUAACUGUGAUUUUGUUUUUCACUUGAUUGGCCUUCUGUCAUUGUAUUCCAAGCACACUCUUGUCUUAAACGGGCACACUUCCAUAUCUUUUGAUUGCAGUGAAAACAAUCAAUAGAUGCAGACGAUGAAUAUGA